UGAUGAGGAAUCUUCAACGCAUCGUGUGUUGUAUCUUGAAAGUGCACUUGCCAAGUGGUUCAACCAGUAAAUGACCAAAUCUCUCUCCUCCGGAGGCUAUCUUUCAAUAACCUGAAAAAGUCGCGACUUGCGUGGAUACAUUCAAUGGGAAAAAUAUAAGUACUCAGUGUAGUUCAUUGAUGCCGCACUGUUAUGAAACAUUGGAACUGGAGAUGAAUUUUGAGAAACUGCUGGGACAACCACUGUUGAGACGUUAGAUCUCAUUGUAAUAUCAUAAAAUGACGAAAAAGUUGUGAUAAAGUCAUCCGACAUGUAGUAUAUGGCACUACUAAUAUUAUUAGAAUAUUGCGAUGCAUAUAUCUAUGAAGAGAUGUUUGGUAUCGAUAGGUUGUAUAUGAUGAUGCGACUGAACUUCAAGACAAUCUUGUUUGUACUGAUUGUCGCGACAUUGAGCUCUUUACUUACAUCAUGGAAUAAUUGUGGCGGCGGUUUGUUGUUUCAUGCCACAGACUGGAGGACAAAGUAUCAACAUAAGGAUCGUUUGAGCACAGAAUCAGGAUAUCAGGAGAUAGAUUGCCACAUCAAUGGCGAUUAUUCAAUAGGAUGUCGCAAGGAGGGUGACGAAGUAUACAUACCAUUCUCAUUUAUCCACAAAUAUUUCGAGAUUUACGGGAAGUUGGCCACUUAUGAUGGCCUGGAGAGAUUUGAGUGGUUGCACAGUUAUUCGAAAAUCGUGAGCCCCAAGGGGAAGUAUGAUCCCCGGGGUGUAUUUAUGACCUUCGAGAAUUACAACGUCGAGGUCAGAGACAGAGUUAAGUGUAUCAGCGGCGCCGACGGUGUGCCGAUCUCGACUCAAUGGGAGAGUCAAGGAUAUUAUUAUCCCACGCAAAUUGCUCAAUUUGGAUUAUCGCACUAUAGUAAAAACCUGACGGAGCCGGAACCGCAUAGGAAGAUAAUCGAAGAUUCCGACAAGGUCAAGCAGAACUGGAACGUUUCUCAGGGCUCGCUGCUGGACAGGAUAUACGACUCGCAGAUUAAUAGUCACGUCUUGAAAUUCGCCACGCCGCAGACCAGUAUGUCCGGCAUCUCCUUGAACUUGGAUCACGUUCUGGACUUUGUCUUGAAGUGGGACUUUAAUGUGAAGAACAAUGGUAGCAUCGUGGUCACCCUGCAGUCAAGGGAGAAGAAGGAGAUGUAUUAUCUUUACUACUACGCUACCAGCAACACAGUACUGUAUAAUCACGAUAAUCACGUGUAUUACGGGAUCGGGCAAAUUAAUCAUCAGUGGAGGCGCCUCACUAGAGACCUCGUGGUCGACCUGCAAAAAGGCCUUUAUCUAAACGAUAAGAAUAGAAAGAAGAUACCCCGCUCCAAGCUGAAGAUAAUCCAGAUUACUCUGUACGGUUCCGGUACGAUUGACAAUAUGACAUUGUCGACCAGCGAGCACAUGGAGCAGUUCUACGACGCGGCGAGGUGGUUCGUCGCUAAUCAGAAUGUCACCUCGGGCGGUUGGCCGAAUCCCGUGAGGAGGAAAGUGGCGCCUGGGAUGGCUAUUCUCGAGCCCGGAUGGUACUCCAGCAUGGGUCAAGGUCACGCGAUAUCGGUGCUGGCGCGCGCGUAUUAUCACUCCGGAGAGGCGAAAUACCUGCAGGCGGCCAUCAGAGGCUUGCGGCCCUUCAGACUGCCCUCCACCAAGGGAGGGGUGGCCGCGCCGUUCUUAGGCAAGUACAUUUGGUACGAGGAGUACCCCACGACGCCCUCCUCUUUCAUCCUCAACGGCUUCAUUUAUUCGCUCAUCGGUCUCUACGACCUGAAGAGCAUAGCGAUGGGCAAGGACGCCGAGGAAGCGUCCAGGCUCUUCAAUCAGGGUAUGACGUCGUUGAAGAAUAUGUUAACGUUGUUCGACACCGGCUCAGGUACGACGUACGACUUGCGUCACUUCACGCUGAAGACGGCGCCUAAUUUGGCCAGAUGGGAUUACCAUUCCACUCACAUCAAUCAACUGCUUCUUCUCCACUCGAUCGACAACGAUCCUAUUUUCAUCACAACCGCGGAGAGGUGGAUAGGUUACAUGAACGGCAAGAGAGCCGCGCACAAUUAAUCGUGUAGUUAGACAACAAUUCCCAUCCCUCUCCCCCUCCCCCCUUUUUCGUGUUCUUUUUUAUUCUGUCCUUUAUUUAUUAAUUCGACCGUUUCUGUUGCCUCGUGUCUUACCGACAGCUUGUCAUUGCCUGCGUAGAGGCGUAAGUAGCU